GGUUGAUACGGUUGCUCGCAUAAGGUCUUGGCUCAAGUUGGGCUCAAGGCAGGUUUUGCCUUGAAGUUGAACUCUGCCAUAAUAUUAUAGAAUACUGUUGGUCGUCAUUCCAAUGGUCCGGCAUUCUGCAGUAUCACCAUGCAUUAUGUGUGCUAGAACGCUCCGCAUCAACGCUAUGGCAUUAAGCUAUGAUAAGAGAGAAGAUCCGACUGGCAAGCGAUACCAUGUGAUUACUUGGACCAAACUUGGACCAGUAUUUAAAUUGAUGUCAUGCGGCUGUAUUGUGCGCACGCUUACUUUCUAGCUUUGUUAUUCGCUUUCACCAACAUGUUCCGCGUCGCAUCACGAGCACUCCGAGCUACCAAGCAUCGUCCAACGAGACUGGUCGAGCCAGCUAGAACAUUCUUUGUGUCUGCAAUACGGACAGAGGGACUCCGACUCAACUCGCUGGAUACAUUCACGGAGGAGGAGAACAUGUUUCGUGAUUCGGUGAAGCGCUUCGCGGUAGACGUAGUUGGCCCCAAGGUCCGCGAAAUGGACGAGAAAGAAUCUAUGGACCCAACUAUCAUUCAGGGUCUUUUUGAGCAAGGGCUCAUGGGAAUAGAGACAAGCGCCGAGCACGGAGGUGCAGAGGCCUCCUUUGUAUCCGCAAUUAUUGCAAUCGAGGAGCUUGCAAAGAUAGACCCCUCCGUAUCUGUCAUGUGUGAUGUGCACAACACCUUGGUGAACACUAUUCUGCGCACGUACGGCACGAAGGAGCAGCAAGACAAGUGGUUGCCUUUGCUGUCGGAGUCAAAGCUUGGUUCAUUCUGCUUGUCCGAGCCUGCGUCAGGUUCAGAUGCUUUCGCGCUGCAGACAAGGGCAAAGAAGGACGGAGACCAUUGGGUUAUCAACGGAUCCAAAAUGUGGAUCACCAAUUCGCAUGAGGCUGAAAUCUUCCUCAUCUUUGCCAAUGUCGAUCCAAGCAAGGGCUACAAGGGUAUUACUUGCUUUAUUGCAACGAAAGAGAUGGGCGUGCAAAUAGCCAAGAAGGAAGAGAAACUUGGAAUUAGAGCGUCAUCGACAUGCACACUUAAUUUUGACGAUCUCCGAGUACCAGCUGAGAACAUCAUAGGCGGUGAGGGCAAGGGCUACAAGCUUGCCAUCCAAAUUUUGAACGAGGGUCGCAUCGGUAUUGCUGCUCAAAUGUUGGGCCUCGCUCAAGGCGCAUUUGACAAAGCUGUUCCUUAUACCUACCAACGGACUCAGUUUGGUCAGCCAAUUGGAACCUUCCAGGGCAUGCAGUUCCAAAUUGCAAAGGCUGCAGUUGAGCUCGAAACUGCACGUCUGCUUACAUAUAAUGCAGCACGGCGGAAGGAGGAAGGUCGAAGCUUUACGAAGGAGGCGGCAAUGGCCAAGUACUGGGCUAGUCAGGUGGCUCAAGAUGUGAGCGGGUCAGCUAUCGAGUGGUGUGGAGGUGUCGGGUUCACAAGGGAGACGGGGAUUGAGAAAUUCUGGAGAGACUCGAAGAUCGGUGCAAUCUACGAGGGGACGUCAAAUAUCCAAUUGCAAACGAUCGCAAAGUUCAUCCAACAAGAGUACUCUCGAUGACCAACAGAUUCGCGCUUGAGUUGUAUCAAUGGACAAUAUUGUUAAAUAGUUCGUCACGUUUGCAUGAAGAGCAGCAUUCCUUCAAAUACAGCCCAUCCAAUUGCCGAGCUGAGGAUUUUCCUAGACAUGCGGAGAGAUGCACCAUCGAAAAAACCGGCUGCACCACGUUGCU